AUGGCUCUGGAGAAGUCCUAUGUCCUGUUCCCACUGUUAACCCUGAUACUUCUGGUGUUGGGGUGGGCCCAGCCUUCCCUGGGCAAGGAGUCCCCAGCUAUGAAGUUCCAGCGACAACACAUAGAUUCAGACAGCCCUCCCAGCAUCGACUCCAGUUACUGCAAUCAAAUGAUGAGGCGCCGGAAUAUGACAAAGGGCUGGUGCAAGCCAGUAAACACCUUUGUGCAUGAACCCCUGGUGGAUGUGCAGGCUGUCUGUCUCCAGGGGAACAUCACCUGCAAGAAUGGGCAAUCCAACUGCCACCAGAGCAGUUCAGCCAUGCACAUCACAGACUGUCGCUUGACCAAUGGCUCCAAGUAUCCCAACUGUGCAUACCGGGCCACCAACAAGAUGAGACACAUCAUCAUUGCCUGUGAGGGGAAGCCAUAUGUGCCUGUCCACUUCGAUGCUUCUGUGGAAGUCUCUUCCUGA